AUGAGUUUCGCCACCACCGCGACCCGUCAGUCUUCUUCCCGGCCUCCGCGUUCCUCUGCUUCUUCUCGACAGUGCCAUCUCUGUGGGCGAUCUGGACAUGAAGCCCAAAAUUGUUUUCGGGUCAAACCUUGCCCUCACUGCAACCGGACGGGUCAUGAUCCUCGUCGCUGCUUCGAGGUCGUCGGAUAUCCGGCGGGCUGGUCCGGCAAGUCCUCUUCCACAGGCGCACCUCCGGCGGGGCAGGGACGAUCGAAUAACGCCGCGUCGUCUUCUGCUGGAAAUGAGCGAGGGUUAAUUCCCUCUAAUUCUGCUAAGGCACACGCUACCAGUUUUGCUGGGGCUAAUUCUGUUGGGCCUAGUCUUGUUGGGCCUGGUAAUGUGGGUUCUUCUCUUCAAUUUGGUACUUAUGGUGCUAAUAAUGUCCCGGCUGCUACAGCAUCAAUGCUAGCUCGUCAAGGUUGGGAUUCUGACCGGGCUAUCCGGACUUAUAACCCUUAG